UGAGGUACAAGAAGAAUAAAGUACAGAGAUUUAAGUAUAUAAAGGUAAGUACUAAAUUGUAGCUGAUUUGAUACAGAUUCUGUACUUGCUGCACUGCCCUCUUGCUAAAUUUCCAAUUUAAACUCGAUUUGGAUCUCAGACUCAAAUCUUUGCUCAACUUUCCUUUCUCUUUAAGUAAUCUUUUUUCUUUAAUUUUCAACCCUUCAACCCUUUUUACAUACUCUCUUUCCAUCCCUUCGCUAUCAUCACAAUGUCUCCACCUGCUCGAACUUCAUCAUCAUCUCAAACAGCAGCUGCAGCAAUUCGUCGAAAGUUGGUGAUCAUCGGAGAUGGUGCUUGUGGGAAGACUUCGCUUCUCAGUGUCUUUGCUAUGGGCGAAUUUCCUGAAGAUUAUGAACCUACCAUCUUUGAAAAUUACGUGGCUGAAAUCAGGCUAGAUGGUAAAGCGGUACAAUUGGCUCUAUGGGAUACAGCUGGUCAAGAAGAAUAUGAAAGAUUACGACCACUCUCUUAUUCUAAAUCUCAUGUCAUUCUCAUUGCCUUUGCUAUCGAUACACCCGAUUCUCUUGAAAACGUAACGGUCAAAUGGAUCGAAGAAGUUCGCUCGAUUUGUGGUGCAGCCAUUCCAGUCAUCCUAGUUGGAUGUAAAAAAGAUUUAAGGGAUUCAGACGGGGGUGCAAAUCCAGAACAGUUUGUCCAGAAACGACAGGCGGAGCUUGUAGCUAAUUCAAUCAAUGCGAGGUGCUAUAUGGAAUGUUCUGCCUUGAAGAAUGAAGGAGUAGAUGCGAUUUUCGAGUCUGCAACCCGAGCAGCCAUGUUAGUACGUCAGCAAGCAAAUGGUACUACCACAACAACGCAACAAAACGAAGAAGAGAAACGAGGAUCGAGUGGUCGUCGGAAAGCUAAAAAGAAUGACAAAGGCUGUUGUUUGAUCACGUAACAUUAUUACUUUCUUCUAUCUUUUCUUCUUCACAUAUCUAUCGGUACUAGUCUUAUAUAUAUAUAUAUCUUUUUUGGAUCAUAUUGUUUUUUUUCUGUUUUAUGGGUGAGCUUGUUGUGUACGGUUGCUUAGAUUGGCAAGUGCUUGGGAGCAGAUUAGCAGUGUAUCCCGAUUUCCCUUAACCUCUUUUGUGGACUGUAUAUACGUCUCUCUAUUUCUCUCUGUGAGUGUGUGUUGCAUCAGAAAUAUAAACAUGUUGGCUUUAGAUUUGUUCUCAAUGAAGUGGAUGAUAAUGAGAUUAUAGCUGUUCACU